CAAGCAUGUCGUACUUACCUGCUCUGUGUAAUGGUGAUCAGCUGUCCAAUCACAGCUGAUCACAUGGCACUGAUGAUCAGUGUAGCCCCAAGCAGUGCCACAUGUCAGUGCCCAUCAGUGCCACAUCAAUGCCACAUAUCAGUGCCCAUCUGAGCUGCCUUUCAGUGUCACUUAUCAGUGGCAGUCAGUGCCACCAAUCAAUGCCAGUCAGUGCCACCUAUCAGUGCCAGUCAGUGUGCAUCAGUGCCACCACUAUCAGUGCCCAUCAGUACCGCCUAACAGUGCCAGUCAGUGCUGCCUAUCAGUGCCAGUCAGUCCCACCUAUCAGUGCCGCCUAUCAGUGCCAUAUAUGAGUGCUGCCUUUCAGUGCCCAUCAGUGAUGCCUGUCAAUGCCCAUCAGUG